AUGGCAGGCUUCACGCACUUCCUGAGGGGCAUCCUCAUCCCGCUCUUCAUAGCCCUCGUCCUCUACCUCUCCGCCACCCUCUUCAUCCUCCCCUUCAUCCGCCGCCACCGCACCCGCUACUCGCAGUACCUUCCCAUGCCGACUUCCAUGGCCGAGCACGCCACAUCCUGGCGCACCAAGCUCUCCGAUGCCCUCUACACCCUCUUCAUGCCCUCGACCUGGACGCGCCAGCCCGCUAUACACGUGCACGACGAUUCGUCGUCCGACUUCGACGACGAGGAAGGCGAGGGCAUGGUGGGGUUUGAUCCUGUGGAUGAACGAAGAAGGGAGGCGCUCGAGCAACGGAGGAGCAUGGUGGAGGAGGAGACGCGGUUGGGGAGGGAGCUGGAGCAGGGGUUCAAGGACGAUAGCGAGGAUGAAGACGUGGAUGAGACGCGGCGGAGUUUGUCAGGGUCGAGGGGUUAAGACAAGGCUGUCAUGUGAUUUGCUAUACCUGGUUGGCGGGUGGAUGUACAACGCUGCACACGUUUAAAGAGCUUCACUCAAUACCCAUAGAUUGUCGAUCGGCGACUGAA